AUUCACUCUUUUUUCUUUCUUCCAAAACCAAAAAAGAAAGAAACCGAUUUUUUUUUUUUUUGAGAAAGAAAACCUCUCUUUUUCUUCGAUAGUGCUAACGUGCACGGUUUUUAGAAGCAAAAGGCGUUGGUUUAACGUGCGCUGCCUGAGAUGUCGCCGGCGGCUUCCAGAGCAACGGUUGUGAUAAGAAUCUCACGGUAUAGGGAAGGUCAGUGGUAGUGAAAGUUAGUUAAAUCAGACGGUUGCCGUAAUUUUUUGGGGGGGGUUGGGACCCAACCGCAAACGAAGGACAAGAAAGGAAAAAAAAAACCGAAGGAAAGUAAUGGAGGGACAAAAGAGCCAGGCGAAGUUAACACGAACACAGUCGUCGUUGCUCCGUUCGUCGCCGACUGUCCGGUCGUCAAUCCACAGCAUGUCGUCCAUCACCGAGGGUGACUUUAACAAGGACCAAGAAGACAAAGACGACCACCAGCACCGAGAGUCGUUACUGAACGACGAGAAACGAAAGAAACCGCCAACAAAGAAGUCAUGUUCGAUGACACCUAGGAUCAUUCCGGUCCGGUUCAACCCGGUUUUCGCCAUGGCUUCCAUCUCUUUCUUCUCUUUCAUCUUUUUCUUUUGCUUUUAUCUUAGAAGGGAGGAGAUUCCCACAUCGGAAUGCCUCUUGUUAGCGUUAAUUUUCGUCGCUAUAACCCUUUUCUUCGCGUCGAAAAACAAAGGUUUGAUCAACCAAGGCAUUGUUUGUUUCAAAGAAAGACUCCAGUUUUCGAAACCCAAUUCGAAGCCAGUCCAAUGGUUCAUUGGAGAAACCCAUUGUAACAAAAGCAACGACAACAACAACAAAGAAAACGGAAGACUUCAGCUGGUUGUAAGGGAAGGGGUGGAGUUUUAUAGCAAUGGGGACUUUUAUGAAGGUGAAUUCCACAAGGGGAAAUGUAACGGAAGUGGGGUUUAUAAUUACUUCGUGAAUGGGAGAUAUGAAGGGGAUUGGGUGGAAGGGAGAUAUGAUGGGUAUGGAGUGGAGAGCUGGAGCAGAGGGAGUAGAUACAGAGGGCAAUAUAGACAAGGAGUGAGGCAUGGAUUUGGGAUUUAUAGGUUUUAUACAGGCGAUUCUUAUUCUGGUGAAUGGUGUAAUGGCCAGAGCCAUGGUGUUGGGGUUCAAACUUGUGCUGAUGGGAGCUGCUAUGUUGGGGAAUUCAAGUCUGGGGUUAAACAUGGACUUGGUUACUAUCAUUUCAGGAAUGGAGAUAAAUACUGUGGAGAAUAUUUUGGGGACAAAAUGCAUGGAUUCGGUGUUUAUCACUUUGCUAACGGUCACUGUUAUGAGGGAUCGUGGCAUGAAGGUCAAAAGCAAGGGUAUGGCAUGUAUACUUUCCGAAGUGGUGAUACGAAGUGUGGGGAAUGGGAUUCCGGCACCCUGAAAACCUCUCUACCCCCGCUUACUGAUGCCAUCCUUCGAGCAGUUCAGGCUGCUAGAAAAGCAGCAGGAAAUGCUAUUAAGCUUCGCCGGGUGGAUGAACAAGUGAACAAGGCAGUUCUGGCUGCAAAUAGAGCAGCAACUGCUGCUAGGGUAGCCGCAGUCCGAGCUGUUCAGAACCAGAUGGAUGGCAAAUUUUGUUAUACAGAUGUCUAAGAUGUUUAGCUUCGGCUGGAAAUGUAAAUUGUUCUUUCCUUUUUUUUUACUAAUUUUUAUGUGUACUUGAAGAGGUGGAAGUCACCCUGAUGAGCAAAAGCUCAUUGGAGGUUGAGAGAGAUUUAUGUUUGAAGUUUCAUUGAUAAAAAAAUGUAACAAUGUACAUAACUCGUGUAUAUCAAUGGAAGAUCAGUUUUCAUAUAUUUUUCCUUUUA